AUGCCUUCCCCGCUCGCGAGACCCACCGCCGAUGGGCUCGUGCCGACACCGCUUCCUCCUGGCCGUGGCGCUCCCCGGGAGGAGCGGCAGCGGCUUCCGCUUCCGGCAAGCGCCGCCGCCCCGCCCUCAGGGAGAGGCGGAGGGAGGGGUGUCGUCGCGGGGCGUGGCCUCCGUCGCCUGGGAAACCUGGCGGAGGGCUUUGAAUGCUGGGGCGCUACGCCCUCCUUGCGCAAAUAUCCCAAAAGACUGCAAAAAGGACAACCUGCUGAGUUCUGCAGAAGAUCCGUCAUCUUUGGUGUUUUAGAAGAACUGCUCCAGCAAAAAGGUUGGAAAAAGUCUGAAAUAUCCUACCCUCGCAUUUUCUACCUUUUCCCUGGUUUGGAGGAUUUCUUCCCUCAGCAACUCCUGAAGUGUGUUUGGCAGAAUUUGCAAUUUUUGAGUUUUGCAGGAGCUGAAUCCCAUCAUGGCUUGAAAGCCUUUUCGGUGAAGAAGGGAGAAAGGACAGUCUGGAAAUUGACUGCGUGUAAAAACCCUCUGUCUCAGGGUUGGAAGUCCGCCAAGUCUCCAGCCAGCAUUCUUGAUUUCUGCACAGUCCAUUUAGAACUUAGAAUUUAGAAUAACUUUAUUGUCACUUUGAAUGUACACUAAUCGGCAUACAUGAAAAUGAAAUUUCGAUGCAUACAGCUCUCAAAGGGUCAACAUCUCCA